AUUAGACUGAGCUUGUUUUUGCCUCUGCGUUGCUGUAACAGCCUGUGUGAUUCAGGAACAGGAAAUAACAAGUGAAUAAGCAUGUCAAGAGGGGAAAUCAUCAUUCUUUUUCUGUCUUUGCUGUUUGAGUCUUCAUUGACUCAAGACAAAGCAUGUGAAAAGGGGGAAGAAUGCAAAUAUGUUUUCGACAAUGUGACAGAAAUCCCACAUGUCCUGAAACCAGGUGUGACAGGAUUCUACUUUCUGGACGGUCAGGUUCAAACAAUCCCCAAAGGAGCCUUUGUUGAAAACCCCCAACUCACGAGGGUGGAAUUCUUAAACACUAUCAUAACAUCUAUUGAGCCAGGAGCCUUUGAAGGUUUGGUAAACCUCCAGUCCCUUGAGAUCUCUGGCACCCUGUUAACAUCAAUCCCAGUGGGAGUCUUCCAAGAUCUCAGCAAACUGGAUAAGAUUAUACUAAAGUUGAACAAGCUUCGCAGUCUGGAGACAGGCUUGUUUGGCGACCUUAAAAGUCUAACAGAGAUCCACUUACACGGAAAUGAGAUUGAAUCAAUUGAGGAUGGGACCUUUGACAAUCUUGAGAACCUUUUAUUUCUUCAUCUAGCUAAAAAUAAUCUCUCUGCUGUAUCCACUGACUGGUUCUCCAACCUAAACAAACUUACGACUCUAAGACUUUACGAGAACCAGCUGACCAGCAUUCCUGAUGACAUAUUUCAGAAUUUGCCAAACUUGAAGGAAAUUGGCUUGGCGGGAAACAAAAUAGCAGAAUUAUCACCAAAUCUAUUUCCACAUAAAGACAAACUAUCAAAGCUGACUUUGGAUGGUAAUCUUCUGACUGGUUUACCUCAAGAAUUUUUCGUUGACUUCCCUCAGCUUAAAGCACUGACGCUACAUAAUAACCAACUGACCAGCCUACCACCAGUGCUUUUUGGAGCACUGCCUAAAUUGGGUGCCAUAAGCCUCAGUCAGAACAAUCUCAGCACUCUUCCUAAUGGAAUAUUCAGCUCUAUGAAGAAACUCAAGAAGGUAGAUCUGUCAAAAAACCACUUUGUCACAUUGAAUGCUGAGUACUUUGAAGGCCUUGAGAAGCUCACAGAGCUGAAUCUACAGUACAACAAGAUAAAUUCACUGGAUGCUGGUGUGUUUGAAAAGCUACAAUCUCUGGCCACACUCAAGCUCGCUCACAAUGACCUCCAGACGCUUCCUGAGGAUAUUUUUCAGCCUUUAACAAAACUAAAGAAACUGCACCUGGAUCAUAACCCCUGGAACUGUGACUGUAAUCUGAUAAAUCUUCACCUCUGGAUGAAGGCGAACUCUGACAAGAUUGUGUCUCAAGUGUUCUGUGAGUAUCCAGAAGUUCUAAACGGGCAGGAAAUUGGAUCAUUAACAGAGGAUCAAUUAAUUUGCCCCACCCUUCCCUCCACGACCACGACCUUAACCACGACAACAACAUCCAUGACACUCCCAACUACAGGACCAACGACCACCAUCCUUACAACUACAACACGGACCACCACUUUGCUAACCACCACUACACCCACCACGACUCUUCCAACCACUUUGCAAACUACCUCCACAAUACUAACUACCACAACACCAACAACCACUUUACCAACUACAAUAGCCACCACAACAAUACCAACAACCACACCCACAACCCCGACCACAAUAACAACGACUGCACCAACCACCACCAUCACAACACUUGCACCAACAACGACAGCACCAACCACCACUAUCACACUUGCACCAACAACGACAGCACCAACCACCACUAUCACAACACUUGCACCAACAACGACAGCACCAACCACCACCGUCACAACACUUGCACCAACAACGACUGCACCAGCCACCACUAUCACAACACUUGUACCAACAACCACAGCACCAACCACCACUAUCACAACACUUGCACCAACAACCACAGCACCAACCACCACUAUCACAACACUUGCACCAACAACGACAGCACCAACCACCACUGUCACAACACUUGCACCAACAACGACAGCACCAACCACCACUAUCACAACACUUGCACCAACGACAGCACCAACCACCACAAUCACCACACUUGCACCAACGACAGCACCAACCACCACAAUCACCACACUUGCACCAACAACGACAGCACCAACCACCACAAUCACCACACUUGCACCAACAACGACAGCACCAACCACCACAAUCACCACACUUGCACCAACAACGACAGCACCAACCACCACUAUCGCAACAACUUCACCAUCCACCACUUUAACAACAACAACUCCAACCACAACCACCAAAACAACUACCCCCACAACGACCACCACCACCAGCACAACAACAAGUAUACCCACAACUACUCUCAUAACAACAACAGCCACAAUCACCACUCUCGGCACUACCCAACCAACCACAAUCCAAGCAACAACAUCUCCUCUGUCCUACUGUCCCACCGAGCAGCCAUCACCUUCGUUCAUGUUUCAGCAGACACAUGAACUUCUACAGUGCAAAUCUGAGAUGAUUUUCUACACCACACUACUGGUGGUACAGAUCACCUGCACACUGGCACUGGCUAAGUUCACCCUCUCUCUUUACCACCUGCUGCAACGUGGGCAAAGGAUGUACCACGGGGUCAAGCUCACCCACUUCUCCUACAGGAAAGAGGUUCUCCUCAGACCACUACGCGAGGCAGAGACCCACAGGCUUUAA